AUGCUACUUCUGUACCUCCAUGCUACCUUUGAAAUCCAUGCCAUAGUUCCCUGCGUUCCAAGAAGUGGAUUGAUGGGAAACUCCUCCGCCUCCUUCAUGGGGACCUUCCUGGCCAGUAGUCUGGGCUCACCGCCGUCGCACCCGUCACACCAUUCCCGGCCGCCCUCCUCGCCUUCCUCGCCCUCCUUCCGAGGUGGACCCCAUUCCGGCGCCUCGCAAAUAUGGUUCUCCCAUUCCCAUGAAGCCGCAGCAGGUUAUCCUCGAUUCUCAGGGAGUCUGGCCCACACUUUUCUUCCCAUGAGCCACUUGGAUCCCCAUGCCAACAGCGGUGUUCUCUACGGCCAACACCGUUUCUAUGACACCCAAAAAGAGAACUUCUACAUUCGAGGUCUACCAUCACAGCCACCUCUCAUCUCGACCAAUCACAGUCUGCCGCCAAUGUCCAGGGCAGGUUCAGGACUCUCCCAGGGGCCUUGCAGCAGAGAAAGGGAUGCCGGUGGUGGAACAAGUCUCCAUAAGAGCCUUAAAGAAGGAACUGUGGAGAGGGGAGUGGGCGCUGUCAAAGACAAGGAAAAGUCUAGUAGCAAACAUGAGGCGAAGGAAAGACAGCAACAGCAACAGCAGCAGCAACAGCACCACCACAACCACCAGUCUGCUCUGCCCACACAUCAACACCACCACCACCACCACUCCCACCCACAUCAGCAGCACUCGCACUAUCCCCAGCACCCAUUGCCCCUGGAGGAGGUAAACAGUCGGGCCCUGGAGAGACACAAGGCAUCACUCCCUAUGGAAUACAGUAAGGAUCCGCAAAUGAUGGGCAAGUCUUUAAGUGCUUGCUUGCACAAUAGCAAGAUGCAAAAUGGAGAGACAGGAAAUGUGGCGGUGCCUAAGACAUCCAUGUCCAGCUAUGGAGGGGAGGGCACACCCUUGGGAACUAUUGGAGGUGGGGGCAGCAACCAUGGCAGACAUAUGGGUUCCAAUGGCAAUAGCCGCUGCACCAAAGAGGGGGUAAGUGGGGAGAUGCGGAUCAGCGAACAACCCUCAGAUUGUCUCGAAAGGGGUCAGGGACCACUCCACCACUCUCUAACCUACUCUGUAGCCCCGCCCUUACAGUUGGCUUCUACUGGGGGGGCACAACCCCAUCCACACCCGCACACUCACCCCCAUGCACAUGCUCACCCAGGAGGCUUUCACUGCCUACAGCUUCACCCAAGCCACCCGCACCAUCCACAUCCUUCCCACCACGCUCACCAUCACCCGGACUUCUUCUGCCCACCCCAUCCUGCCCCUCUGGGUAAUCCUGCCUCACACGACAGGGUGCCGGCGAAUGCAGGGCGCGAAACUAAAGUUACAGGGCCUACAUUUGUGCCAUCUGUGGCAGACACAGGGGACAAACACGGAGGGCCAUUCCAGCUUGGUAACCCUGACUUCCAGGUUGUAGGCAGUGGAGGUGGCAAUGUCAAGGACAAAGUUAUGGACAAAAAUGGUGGAGGAGGGGGACACCAUGGUAGUUGGCAUAGAAAACAACAGCAACAGCAGCAACAACAGCAACAGCAUCAAUACAGAAAAACAGAGAAGGCUCCAGACUGGAUGCAGUCCCACCAACAACAUCUCCAAGCCUCCCAGCUUACUCCACUGAUCCAACAACAACAGCAGCAGCCUCCACAACCGCAGAAGCAACACCAGGUUGUACGGUCACGCAGUGCUGAGUGUGUAAACAGUACAGUGGACAUGGACAUGUUUAGAUCCUCGUUGCCCCCGGCACCCAAGACUGGACACUCUCUCCCUCAUUCGGUCAACACUUCUCCUUACAGAGACUGUUCCCAUCCAGGACCACAACCUAACUCCUCCCCGCUUGGAAACAAAAAUAUGAGUCAGCACAGUGGUCCUGGCGGCAGCUGCUCCUUGCAAAGAGAUGGCCAAAAAGUAGCAAGGAUUCGCCACCAGCAGCAUGGGCGACCUGGCCCAGAUGCUCCUCCUCCGGGGGAGAUAAAUCAAGGGACGGUGCAGGAUAUGAAAAGAAAAAUGGACAUGGUUUACGGUUACAACAACAGUGGGCAGCAGCAGCACCAACAGUCGCCCGUGCCACAAUGGGCCAUGAGGCCUCCCCAUCACAUGCCACAAACUGAGGAGGAACCAAUAAAGUCAUACAUGGAGUUAGGAAGCACGAAUAUGCAACAUUCCCAACAGCAGAGAAUGAAUCAGUCCACUCAGCAUGCACCUCCAGUCAGUCAGCAGCAGCAACAACCUGAGCCUCAAGGCCCAACUCGGGGGGAGAGCAGUGCCAUGAAAAGCUUACUUAAGUACAGCAAUCAGCAACAGCCACAACUCCUCUCUCAGAAAACCCCCUUUGGUGGCCUUGGGAACUUGAAAUCAGGUCCAGCUGGUGGAAGCUAUGCCCUACAGAUUAACAAGCAGAAUCUACCUUCGAGGAAGGGUCCGGCAAAUGACAACGAGCGCCCUGAUUACAGCGGAAGGCAUCGGGAUAUUGGGGAUACAGGCCACGGGGAGAGUGAGGUGAGGCAACCGCCCGUUGGGAUUGCCGUGGCCGUGGCCAGACAAAGGGAACCACCGUGUCGUUCGUCAGAUGGUCAUCCCAACAGUCGACACAGCAGGGUGCAUCCCACUGUGAAAGGACCUCCACACACCGCCAUCUAUCCAUCAGAUACGACUACUGAGCAGGAGAGGAAAAUGAUGAGCGGGGAGCAAAUAGGUCUGACUUGUUUGGACAGAGAGAGGGAUGCAUAUAUCAGAGAUAAUAAGGAGAGGGUAGAGUUUUCAAGGAUUCAUCCCUCGAACAGCUGUCAUGGGGACCUUGCUUCACAUCUCAUGGUCCCAGGCGGGACUUCCCUCCAAACUGGCCAAUUAACAGACCCUGCUGCACAUUCUGCUCACCACCAUUGGAUGCCAAGGACUGGAAGCCCAUCUCUUUGGAUGACAGGACAUUCUUAUGGUAUAGGUCAUACAGCCCUACACCAGAAUCUUCCUCCAGGUUUCUCUGCAGCAAUGCCAGGUCCUCUACAGCCAGUCCUGCCCUUGCCUCAGGAUCCUUCUGCCCAGUUGGUGGUCCUGCCCACUGAACCUCCAGCCCAUCCUGCAACCCAUCACCUUGAUGUGAUGGAACAGCCAGGUCUUUGGCCACCUGUGUACGGUGCCCGGGGUCCGGCCUCCCACAUGCAGCAUCCCACCAUGUACUCCCGAUCCCAGUUUCUACGACAACAGGAACUAUAUGCUCUCCAGCAGCACCAGCAGCUUCAGCAUCAGCACCAAAGCCACCCGUCACAGCAACCACAACCACAACAUCAAGCCCAACAGCAGCAGCAUAAAGCUAUGCAUGGCAUGGACAUGCAACACCAUGCCCCCCACAAUGCACAGAUGCAGAAGCGGGCAGAUGAAACUCCGGUUGAUCUGGGGGACCUCAUUCCAAAGUCAAGGACGUCAAAACCUGCCAAACCCUACUCUUACAACCCUCCUCAGAGAAACACCUCACCCCCUGGGGCCUGUACUGCUCACUUGUCUCCCUGUUGCCAGUCACCUACAAUGCGUCCACACCCCAAAAGCACUCCCUCUACACCUUGCCCCGUUGCCAGUCCGGCCGUUGCAGUCCCGCAUUCUCCCAACAUUAGUCCAGCUCCGACCCAGAUGCCCAAAGGGUCUGAACCCCAGGAUAAGAGAGGCGAGGGUCAGUCCCAGCAGGAUUACACAGAAUCUUUGGAACCUGACUUGCCCCCUGGAUACACCUAUUCUGCAAUCACACUCGGUUACAGGAGUGGGCCUUCUCCCCAGGAUAUUAAGCUUGCAGAGCCAGCCGACCUGGAAGCCAUCCAAGCUGAGCCCUCCGAGCAUGCCCCCCAGGCCCUCUCCAGCCUAGGGGAGGGGCUGGACUGCCAAGCGGUGGUAAGGCCUCUCCCGGAGCCACUUGCGCCCAAGGAAGUGGAACAGGGAGACGAGGGGAGCACUGUGGAAAGAGGCCUUGAUGAGAGGGAGGAGGUGGAGGGAGCAGUGGAGACAACAGCCAAAUAUGUAUCACAAGAGAAAGAGGUGAAGGAGCAGGGGACCGCAGAGGAAGAGGUGCUGGUUUGCCCCCCUGUGGAUAGUCCGGUGUGCCAGACUGCUUCCUGUCCGGCUCCCCUUGCUACACAUGAGCCUGAAAGGCCCGAGGCUGUCAUCACUUUGGAAGAUGAGGAUGAUGAUGACCUUGUGGGCGAGGAGAGCCAAGUGGAACAAGUUACAAAGGUCACCCUGUCAGAAGAGCCGGAGCCGGCACUGGGCAUCCUGGGUGUGCUUACCCCUGCCACUCCCGAGGGACGUGAGGAGCAGUCCCCUGAAGUGGACAGCAAGAUCACCGCUCAUAAUGCAUCGUCGAAUUUGACAUCCAAUGCACCGGCGUCCGUCCCCAGCCCGAGCGAAGCGGUCGUCACCGAAUCCCAGAAACCUCUUGUGCCGUGCUACUGGAGCCUUGAGCUGCUCAUCGCGGCAGCUUUCUGCACAGACGUACCCCCGUUUCCUUUGUUUCCUUUCAGCACCCCGACAGUAAGCCCGUCACUGCCCAACCCCUGUCAGGGGAUGGAGCUUCUGAGUGAGGUGGCUGACCUGGAGCUACAGCAGAAGAGGCACACCUGUGGAGAAAGCCAAGAAGAAGAGUCGCUGAUGUUUGACCUCCACAGCCUUGCAACGCUGGCCACAGCCCGAUCGCUGGAAACAAACUCACAGGAAGGCAGCGGUUUGUGCGCGAGUCGACAAUUCCCAGCACGGAAGACCUUCAAUUUGCGUCGGAAAUGCAGUUGGACUCCUCGAAACGAACCGGUGUGCCAAGCGAAAGGUAGCAUGGAAACGAUGGACGCUCCGGAGCUGGAGAUGCGUGUGAAGCUGGCAGAGCUUCAGCGUCACUACAAGGAGAAGCAGAGGGAGCUGGCCAAGCUGCAGAGGAAACACGAUCACCAGAAAGAGGAGACGCCUCGAAGCCCGGCGAGAAGAGGCCCGGGACGACCGAGGAAAAGGAAGCCCACUACACUAACUACGAGCUCGGUAUCGUCCGAGGGACAGAGGAAAGUCAAGAUGAUUGUGGCCGGGCAUUCUCUGACGCCUGAGGAGUUAGGAGGGGGCGGAGACAACCAGAGAAGGAAGAAGAGGAUGUCCAGUCGAGCCUUUGAGCAAGUCACCGGCACACAGAUUAAAGCGCAAGGUUGCAGAAAAGGAGAUACUCCAGGCGCACCUGGCUCCAAGCUGUCCACCGACGCGGCGCAGCUUAAACAGAAGAGCCAGGGUAAGAAGAAUCUCUCAGGGACGCGUCACAGGGACAAGGAUGUCUCGCCCUGCAGCUCAAAGCACGGACACCGAAACCAGGGCGCCAGCAAAACCGAGUUCAGGCGAGACUCCGGUGGGCAAAGCGACACAGCAGCCAGCGUGGACAGUGGCACCCAGGAGAGCUGGGCUACGAAAGGGGGCCAGGAUUUCGCUCAUCAGACCAAGACGGGUCCUCGGACUGUCCGUGGUACAAGACAGGAGUCAUUGGGAGAGAGUUCCAAUCCUGAGAGCGACUCCUCAGAACAAGGAGAAGAAGAAGAAGAAGGCAGUAAUGACAGUGAUGAAGGUCAAGAACCAAGAGCCCAACAUUGCAGAGAUGUGACUCCCAGUUCCACCGUGACAGAUCCGAGUCCUUCCUCUAUUGUAAAACUCGAGGCAAAUCAGAAAGCUCGGAACAAAAAACAGAGACAGGAGCUUCAUGGCUCCCAUAGUCUUUCUGGCGCAGAAGGCGAGGUCAAAGUAAGGAAGAAGAACCCCUCCAGUAGGCUGGGUUCAGUCAAAAGCCGCCACGAAGACCAGAUCAGGGCGGAUCAUAACUUUAGGAGAGCGUGCACACCCAGAAGCAAGGAGCCUCGGUGGGGGAACCACGGCAACAGAGGCAACCGGUUCCGUCGUAGCAUGGGACUGCCCAUCUUCCCGUCCACGACUGAGAGGUUAAAGAGGGCAACACGCAAAAGCACCAUGUUGAGAGGAACCAUCAAGCAGAGAAAUUGCUGGGCGCCAUUUACAAAGAGCGAGGAUGGCAACAAAAGCAGAAGAGCCAAGGACCAACAGCCAAAAGGUCGAGCGGUUAGUCGACUCUUGGAGAGUUUUGCAGCUGACGAGGGCUUUCAGAUGGAUGGCAGCAGCUUCUCAGAGGAAGAGGAGGAGGAGGAGAACAGUGAUUCAUGCACAAAGAGUCCUGAAGUUCCAAAUUGUGUCCUGACCAAAGAACUGUUAUCAGACGGACUAAAGAUACUGGUCUCUAAGGAGGAUGAACUUUUGUACGCUGCCAGGGUGCACACUAUGGAGCUCCCAGAUAUAUUUAGUGUUACAAUUGAUGGAGAAAGAGGAAACCGAGCAAAGAUCUAUUCAUUGGACCAACUGCUGCGGGAAGCUGUCCUGGAUCUGCGCCCUGAGUCCCAGACCAUGCUAAACGACGGAACCAGGGUGUGUGCUUACUGGAGUGAACGCUCACGCUGCUUGUACCCGGGCUAUGUUCGCAGAGGGACUUCCACUGAUGACGCCAAGCCAGGAGUAAUGGUAGAGUUUGACGACGGAGACAGAGGGAAGAUUUCUGUACCAAACAUCCGCCUCCUGCCACCAGGAUAUCAAAUUCAAUGUGGGGAGACAUUUCCUGCUGUGUCGGUAUCUAGUGGGACGGUCAGGAAAAACCCCAAUUUCAAUCAUGCCUCCAGUGGCAGACUCAACACUCUCAGUUCUCUCAAAAACAACCAACCUCUGACUCUUCCAAAGAGAAGACCAGGGAGACCGAAAGGUUCUGGGAAAAAGCAAAAACAACAACAGCUGGCUGAAAGCAGCAAUAAAAAUUCUUCCCUUUUUGCGGCCUGGUCUUCAUUGACCAGCUCCAGGAAAAGAAUGACCCACAAUCUAUUUCAGCUUAAUGGGACACCCAGAAAGACCUUGAGAUUGAAGGAAGAUGACUCAUUUGCUUUGACUCAGAUCCAACCGCUUCUGUCCGCCCCAUCCAAAGGGCUUUUCAGCAGUAGCUCCUUUGAGGUGGACUCCUUUCACAGUAUUGCAAAUGGCUACUCCUCCUUCUGUACCAAGUCAAUGGGGUCAGGUCCGGAUUUAUCUGUUGCGCCUAAAAGUGGCCUCUACGGACCGAGGCGUAGGCAAGACGAGCCGGUGAUGCAGAGGGGCAAGAAGUCCGGACAAGAAUUUUUGGUCAAGUUAGAUCAUGAAGGAGUAACGUCCCCAAAGACCAAGAACAGCAAGGCUAUGUUGCUGCGUGGUGGUUCUUCCGGCAUGAGUGCAAUGCCUAAAACGGAGGUGUACUCACAUCCUGUGCUUUUGGUUAAAGACAAUAAAAAGGGAAGCAACUCAAGAGUAGAACUUCUCUUGAAAGGAUCCAUACCCCAAAGAAAGCCUUCAUCUUCCAUGCGUCCUGGAGAAUACGGGGGCUUCAGCUCGCGUCGAGAGUGUCAUAGCUCCUACUCUGAUAUGGAUGAGGAAGAAGAAGAGGAGGAAAGGAAAAGGACUACCCUUGCAUUAGCUUCAGGUGGACUACGAACUGCUGGCCAUUUUCUCUCCCAUCUCCCGGUUUCAUCAUCCUCUUCCGGUUCAUCGAGUUCCUCUUCAUCAGGCUCAAUCUCGAGUUCGAGUCUUAGUUCCUCUGACAAUGACUCCUCCUACAGCUCAGAGGAUGAGGAACGUUCUACACUAAUGCUACAGAGUUGCCUGUCAUCUCAUCGGGGGCUGCUACAACCCAGUGAACCCUCCACUUCUUCAAGGCAACAUUCAUUCGUUGCCAAAGCUUUGACUGUUUCUAAUACCAAAGGAUCUUCAGACAGUCACAUGUCCAACGGCAAAUCCCUGAAGAGGAAAGCGUGUUCGAUCUCUAAGUCAUCUCGGGAAUAUGUGAAGAAACCUAGGAUGCUACCAGAGGGUAAUUCAUGCAUUUCAAGACCCAAGAUGUCCACAUUCCUUGCAGGACGCCAGAUGUGGAGGUGGUCUGGCAACCCUACACAGAGGCGAGGUCUUAAGGGGAAGGCCAAGAAGCUUUUCUACAAGGCCAUCACUAGAGGAAAAGAAGCCGUGAAAGUGGGAGACUGUGCCGUGUUUCUCUCAGCAGGACGCCCUAACCUUCCCUACAUUGGUAAAAUCGAGAACUUCUGGGAAUCCUGGACCUCUAGCAUGGUGGUCAAAGUCAAAUGGUUCUACCACCCUGAAGAGACCAAGCUGGGAAAGAGGCAUCGAGAUGGCAAGCAUGCCUUGUACCAGUCAUGUCACGAGGACGAAAACGAUGUCCAGACAAUCUCUCAUAAGUGCCAGGUGGUAAGCCGGGAGGAGUAUGAGACUAUGACGUGUGAUCAGAAGCCAAACAGUACUUCUCCAGACCUGUACUACCUGGCUGGUACAUAUGACCCUACUUCUGGUCAGCUGGUCAGUGCGGAAGGGGUUUCGAUCAUGUCCUGAACCUCUGCUAUGAGGAAACUACUGAACAAUUGCUCUUAUACCUGUUGCUUCCUUACACACUGGAGACGAUUGGUGUCUAACGUUACUGGAAGAGAAGGAGAUUCCCUUACCGGUUCUUUCAGACAGAACUGGCAGAACUUUGGGUCUUCUUGUUCAUUGCAACCUUCAAUAACUCGUGUUACAUUGGCCCGUACACCACGGAUUCUAUCACCAAAACAAAGCUGCAUUGAACAGGAGGCCAAGAACCACAAGUCUCGAUGGUCCCUGAGGACCAAUUUUUUUUUUAAACGGAAGCCUGACCUGAACGAAGGAUUGAAAAAAAAGCGAGACCCGAAGCCUUGCAUUCCAGGGAAAACGUGUAAAGUUGAUGUCUGUAAAUAUUUGAAAUUGUCCCAAAAUCAAGCCAUACACUUCAGUACCUCUCACCUGUCUUCACUGUUCAGGUGUACCAUUGUACAGACGGAUUAUCGUAUUGUUGUCUGAUGUCUAUAUGUACAUAAAAGCUAUUUUAUACGGGAGUAUAUUGUACAUACAUGAGAUGUAAUCUUUCCAUGUUUGCGAUUGAUUUAUUUUUAUAUGUGUAUAGAUUGUUUUGAAUUGUUUUCUUUCCUUUGCUUUGGGGGGGUGGGGGGGUGGGGAAUCAUGAUUGAAGAUGUUAGCAUUGCACUGCAUAUGCCCUGCUGAGACAGAAACAAAGACACAGCACAGACAAGAGAGAAGGAUUUAGUCUAGAACAGGUCAAUACUUACUUUCUGAGAGAUGCGGAGUCAUUCUGUUAGAAAAAGGUCAAGUGGCUUUUUUUUUUUGUAUAUGUUCUGUUACUAAGGAUUUUUUUUUUUUCAAUCUAUCAUUUUUUUUUGGUUAUUAUUUAUGUACUUCUCAGUUGGUUGAUUAGGCAGAUCCCAAUGGACUGCAAUCACAUAUGAAAACUAAUUUAAGGCCGGUGAUAUGAAUAUACUUUAUUGACAACAUUUGCGCGUGAUGAGAGUUCUCAACGAUUGCCUACACCAGGGGUGUCCAAACUUUUUCCACUGAGGGCCGCACACGGAAAAAAUUUAAGCAUGCGGGGGCCAUUUUAAUAUUUUUCAUUUUCAAACCAUCAUCAUAGAUUGACACCCUUCAGCAAAAAUCAACAGGAAGUUUGAUAUCCCCCCUUCAAAACUACAUUUUUGUAAAAAGCGGUCACCAAACAUCAAACAUUAUCUCCUCUGAGCGCGUUUGUCGUUUCGGCUUCAAACUACUACAGGAGAGAGAUUGAACCCUUCUGAUUAAAAGUUGACGAAAUAGUUUGGAUAAGUGCUACGGUUUUGAUUUUACGAGCCUUCAAAGAAAAGAACCACUGUGCCGCAGCACCUAGGAAAAAAACACAGACACAACUUCCUCUAACUCCCAGUACGGAUAUCGUAGAGACAUGA